AUGGAAUUUCCUGAACCUCUCCUUGAAAGAGCAUUUUUCCAAGGCUCCCACGAUGCAUAUGUUGACUUGAGGGACCGAGCCCAAAUAUCACCGUGUCUGGCGCUCCGGAUUGAAUCUCUAUUGACGGCCGCCAACACCUCUUCAUUGCUUCAAGAAGCAGCAGCUGGAAUCCUGGGAAGGCAUUCCCGGAUGAUGUCUGACAGUGCGAUUUCCUUUCUCGUUUGUCAAAAAGGGAAGAUUAUUUAUCGGGAAUGGUACCAGAGCCUUGCAGACGACCCCAACCCCCCCGAAAAUGUUUUACGGGCUGUGGCAUCCACUCUCACUCUCAAAUAUGAUAUACACGUUGAAUGGCCAGGCUGGAGGAUCCCUGCAGAUCUCUUCAAGCGUCUGAUUGUCCACGAGCUCCCCGCUGGGCGUCUUCUUGCAGCCAAAGCAAUUGCCACUCAAUGCCCUUUACAACAGGAUAUCAUUGCCGACGUGGUUGCAUUGCUGAAGAGCCCAGACUGGAUAGUCCAGACUAUUGCCAACAGAAGUUUGGAUCAAGUACCAGACCUGCCACCCGAUGUCCUUCGAGCCUUAUCCUUAGAGGCAGCUUUGCGAAUUCUCGCCUUUCAAAGCACGCUCCCCAACAACAUACGGGACUCCCUGGUAUCCCUUGUUCUAGACGGCGGUGUCGUAUUUGACUCCUCAAAUCUUUCGACCUUUGUCAAACAUUUGCAAACAGACCAAAACAUAAUUAGCAUUAUUGUCACAUUUGUUAGCCAUAUCAGGGACUCCCACGAGAUGGAGAAUGCGGGAAAAACUUUAUGCCAAUACACCACUUUCGCACAAGACAUACGGCAGAAGGUGGCCUCAAGAAUCACCCAAGGAGACAACCAACUGAUGCCCUACGAAGCAUUUGCGCUCAGCUACGACAUUGUGGAUCUCACAGAGGAGACCCUCCGUCUGCUCGUCACGCAUAUGGAAGAUUGGGAUCCGCGAAUGACUCGAGCGAUUGAUCGCUGCUUGGAGCGGCAGUUCACGCUGUCCAGCAGCCUCCUUCCUCGACUGGUUACGUAUCUGAAGCACGGCGAACCCACCGUCAGGAAAAGUGCCCUGAAAGCCUUGAAGCACUGGAGAGUGCUUGCCGAGGACGUCCUCGACAUUUUGUCAAUGAUCCCCGCGGAAACGAACGGCGAGGUGCAGGUGCACGCUACAAUCAUUCUGGCAUCUCAAUGCAGCCUGCCAGGUCGCAUCGCCCGGACUCUUUUCUCCCAUCUUAAAGUAGUAUCAAUGGAGAAAGGUCCAACCUUGUGGCGUCUUCUAGGACGGGAAGAAAACCUACCCGCCACAGCCUUGGACUUGAUGGUAUCGCUCUAUCAUCAUGAUAUGCUCUCUGCACAACAUGGGUUUUGGGAGUUUGCUCGACUGAUUGCAAGCCAAGAGUGCUUGUCCGACAACGUUGUUCGAUCAAUUGCUGGAUUAUUCGGGGUUGGCGAUCCCAUCGCAUGGCCAACAAUUUUAAACUUGCUGCGCCAACGGACAAGCUUCGGCGCUAUUCUGUCAGAUCUGGAUGCAGAAAUUUGGGCAAAAGUCUUCAAAGGCUUCUUUUUCUGUUCUUACGGAGAAUAUCCCCAUUGUUAUUCAUGGCAAGGCUGGCUAUUCUUUUACGAAGGAGACCACUGCUUCUGGAAAGUCCGUCUCGAGACCCCCAAGCAUCACGAGAAGCUGCAGCGCGCCAUCCAAGCUGUGCAAGCGGAAUGGGAGGAUAUCCACGGCACUACGAUAGGGCCCUCUCUGACAGCAAUUGAGACAUCCCGAUGA